UGCUAAGCGAAAUCGCGACAUGAAGAAAAGAAUGCAGAUGAAACUACAAAACGAGGUGUCGACACUGAGUGCCACCAAGGAGAAGUACCACACCGACUUGACACGCCUAUAUGACUUGACGCAGACUCAACAAUACAAGAUUGAGGAAUUGGAGCAGCGUCUCCUAGACUGUCACCAGCAGCUGAUGGAAAAGGAAGGGCACAUACGGAGGAGCCGGGAGAGGAUUUCACACCUGAUGGGGCACUUAGAGAUCAUCGCUGAGGGCCUCGAUGAGAACAACUUGUCCCGCCGGAUGCUGCUUAGCCUACUUUCCCAGAUGCACUGAUGUGUCUAUAUGCUAAAAUAUUUUGUUGUUAUUGCUAUUGUUGGUAAUGUCUAACCACAAUAGUAUUGAUAAUAUUGAGAAUAGUAAUAAGAAUUUUAAAACAAAAAUAUAUAAUAACAUUACA